AUCGAAGGUUGCCUACGCAUACGCAACCUUAUCAUCAUCCGCCCUUGGGUUUUCUAUCCGAUAGACCGGGGACGCACAGGCCUCUCGCCCUCCGCGCGGCUCCACAGGAGAGCAAAAAUGGCGACCCUCUCCAUGGUCUCCGUCCCCAUCGCACCCUCCUCCUUGUCCCUUUCCACCCGGGGCCGCAGCUCCUCCGCAUCCUUCCCCGCUAAGAAGGGAGGAAUCGGUCACGGUGGCUUGCGGAUCGAGUGCAUCCGUAUUGGUGGUGUUGAGAUUCCAAACCACAAGAGGGUGGAGUACUCGCUGCAGUACAUACAUGGCAUUGGACGCUCACGCUCACGCCAGAUCCUCCUGGACCUCAAUUUCGAUAACAAGAUCACCAAGGACCUCUCCGAGGAGGAGGUCAUCACCCUCCGUAAGGAGGUUGGCAAGUACAUGAUUGAGGGAGACCUUAAACGUUUCAACCGUGUGGCGAUUGAGAGGCUGAAGGAGAUUAGGUGCUACAAGGGCAUCCGGCACAAGCUUGGACUCCCAGUUCGUGGCCAGAGGACAAAGAACAACUGCCGGACACUUAAGGGAAAGAGGGCUUCAGUUGCCAAGAAGAAGUCACCCGCCUCCCAGGAUGAAUAAAUCGUAUUGCCAUGUAUUGAAGUUCUCUCUCUCUCUCUCUCUCUCUCUCUCUCUCUCUCUCUGUGUGUGUGUGUGUGUGUGUGUGUGUGUGUAGCGCUACUACUGCUGGGUGUUUUGUUUCGAGCUUUUAUGCUGCCAUUGACAAAUCAUGGGGUAGCCAUCAGCUGCUGCAGAUUUUGUAGCAAUGACAUACUAGCUCAUAUGGGUCGGUUCUAUAAAUGAAGAUCAAAUUCUUGUUU